AUGGAUAUUCUCACGCCUUCCACCACCGACGACACAGAUUCUCCAUCGUCUCUGACCGUCGAAACACCAAAUUCUGGGUCCCAAGAUCAAAUUCUCCCGAAAGAAAACGAAAUCGACGAUAAAACAGCGGAAGAAGAGCGUAAGCAACGUCGUCUGGAGCGUCGAAAAGCGCUAGCCCUCGCCAGAGGUCCUGGCGCUCCAAGACUCGGAAAUUCCGGAAAUAACACAAUCGAUCUCACGAAUGAAGACGAUCACCCGAGUAAUCGAUGGUUUAAGAAGACGUUUAACACUGGAACGCUGCCAAAGAAGCCAAAAAGUCCGGAAGAUUCGAAAAAGUUCGCCGUUCCAAGGCAUAUAGGCAGAAAUGCCCCGAAGAGCUUACUCGUCAGAGAGACUCUCCAGAAUAAGCUAAAGGCGUCAAUGUCCGUAAAGCGGCGGAAGGCUCAGGAGGAGCGUCGGAAGAUGUAUGAAGAAGAUAAUGAGCAUUUGAAGGUGUCAAGUGAGGAGGAAGAGGAAGAAGAGGUGGUUAUCAAGAAGAAGAAGACGAAAAAGCCAGAAGAGGAGUACAAUAGUGAGGAUGACGAGGAUUAUAAGCCGCCGGAGGAGGAUUCAGAAGAUAAGGAGGACGAUGAAAUGAGCGUGAACCUUCUCAACGACUCCUUCACCUUUGACGUCUUCAAUAAUGCCAAAAGAUCGGGUCCCGGGUCGGUAUUCUCUAUUGAGGAGUCCCCUGAGGAGACGGUGCCCACGAUGAGUCAGCUACUCGGUGGAGGUGGGGAGAGCCAGGAGGACCUUCUGAACUUCUGUUCUGGAAAGUUCGAAGAGUUUCCGGAUACACUGCAAAUGCUGCUGGCUCCUGGAGGCGUUGGGGAGGCUUCUGAAGGUUCUAAGCGUUCAGAAGACGUCGAAGAGGAGGAGGAGGAGGAGGGUCCCGUGAAGUCAAAGAAGAAAUCUAGGAUUCUGGAUUCUGACGAUGAGGAAGAAGCUCAAGAGAGUGUAGACGUCUUUGCAGAACUGAAUCCCCCUGAAAAAAAGGAAGAACUACCUGAAACGGUCCCUGAAAUGCAUAGAACUAGGGUGGUGAUCAGUGAGGAUGAGGAUUCAGAAGAGGAGGAAGCAGAAGACGUUGAGGAGGAUCCAGAAGACGAGGAAGAGCCAGAAGAAGAAGAAGAAGAAGACAACGCUCCAGAACCCAAUUUCGACGACGAGGAUGACGAGCUGGCUGUCAUCAAGCGAAUCGAGCAUCAGGAGUACAAGAAGCAGAUCAAGAAGCGCACUCUGUUCGACGACGAAGCUUCGUUGUCAGGUGACGACGUGGGAAGUGACCUGGAGGACGAGGAAGGCGUGGAGAAUGCCUAUGAAGCAGAAGAGGGAGAUGCAGACGACGUGCCGGAUGAUGACACGAUUCGAAAGCAGAAUUUUAGAAUGUUGUUGAAGCAGGAGAAUGAUAAGGAGACGAGAGCGCUCGCGAAGCUUCAAGAACGUCUUCUGGCUGAUGGCGACCUGGGAGGUGUGGAGACGAACCGACAGUUCAGGUUCAAGCUACGAGAGGAGAUGGAAGUAAAGAUUGGCAUGGGAGACGAUGGCGCCGAAGAGCAACAGGAGGACGAGGAGCCCGAUGAGGAUGAGGAGAAGAAGAAGGAGCGCGCGGAGAUGAUCAAGUAUCGAAUUGAGCACGCCGAGGAGUUGCUACUUCUGGAGCAGACUCAUUCGAACGAAGAUGAUGCAAUUUUCGCGCGCGCUGGAAGAAUGAUGAUGAGGAAGACUGAAAAAGUGGCGGCUGGGGAAGCGGAAGACGCUGGAAGCUUCCAGAAACACCUAAAACCAAGUCUUCUUUCGAAAACUGCGCUGGCAGUUUCCUUCCAAGAAGUUUUGAACUCGGGCGGUGCGGCGCCGAAGCAGAUGUAUGUGCAGAAUUUCGAUGGAGAGAGGAGACAAAGCAGCGGUUUGAAGCGUGGAUUGACGACGACGACUCCACCGAAAUCGGCGGCGAAACGUGUCAGAUCCAGCAAAUUGAGCUCAUUGGAAUAA